AUGCCCAUCAAGUUCACUAGCCAGACGUUGAAAUCCAACGAGCUGAACUACAACAUCACCGAGAAGGAGAUACUAGCGUUGUUGCGCGUCUUGAACGAGUGCCACAACAUGUUGGUGGGAAAGACGAUACGCGUUUUGACCCGACAUACAACCCUGGGGUGGCUGUUCCGGUCUAAAGGGCUGCAAGGUUGCUUGUCGCAAUGGGCCGCCAUCCUCUCCCCCUGGCGAUUAGAAAUUAUCCGAUCGGCGAAAGGGGAGGAAGCGAUUGUGAUCAGCUUCGACGGAUCGGCCCGCGUCAAACGCGAGGGCGCAGCGUUCAGCGUCGUAGUUUGGCAGCUGUCGAACCGGAACGUGGUAAAAGCCGCGUCUGGAUACGCUGAAGGUCUGACGGUGAACGAAGGCGAAUACCGGGGGGAAUCGCCCGGGAAUAUCAUAGCGACGUAUCCAUUUCAAGUGAUCGCGAUGGACCAUAUACCGUCAUUGCCGCGUCACACAAAGGAAACACGAAGUUUUGCCGAAUCAUAUGAGGAGGCGGUUUUCAGACGAUUCGGGGAUAGUGAAGCCAUUCGCCACGACCAGGAGCCGGGUUUCAUGUCCGAUUUCUUUAGGGCCUUCAAAAAACACAUGGGUCAACGGCAACGAACGACUCUCGCGUAUCGUCCACAAGAAAAUGGGGCGGCGGAGCGCAUGGUGCAGACGAUUACGAGGGUCAUCAAGAUGUACAUCGCGGACAUCGAUCAGCGCGACUGGGACGAGUACACAGAGCGACUCACCUACGCACUGAAUACCGCCCACGGUCGGACACGGGACGAAACACCGUUUUUCUUGGUACGUGAUUGGGACCCACGGUCCACCCUGGAAACGACGCUAGCGAUCGGUAACACCUCACGUCGAGACGCAGAUGCUCGGCGAUGGAGAAUGCAUAUACAACGUCACUACAAGACCGCACGCGCACAAGCACUCGAGCCGAUCCGCGAAGCAGUAAACGCGCGGACUACACGCCAGAACGCGCGCGACGGAACACGCGAUACAACGCGGAUCCCAAGUCUGGCGGUAUCUUGA